UCCCCUCCAGCGCCUCUUGUCCCUUGUCGAGUCAAGGUUGGCCGCCUUCGGAUUUUGGUGAUUUUACACGGUUUUAAUGGAAAGAGGGUAAAGCUUGAGGGAAGACAUGGCAGAGCCGGCCCCAGAGGCUGCUGGCUUUGCCCAGGACCUGUUCUCGCCUCUCCAGUUCUGUGAGGUGGUUCAGGAAGGCCAGGGCAGCCACCACCAUGUCAAGGACGAACCACGGCCUCAGCAGCAGGCCCAGCUGGGAACCCCACACUCCUCAGCCCCUGUGACCUCCAUGGUCAAUUUGCCGGGAGUGACAACCACCGUUCCAUCGACAGCUAGUACUCAGCACUUGCACAUUCAAGCACAAACUUCCAUGGCUCAGAUGGUGCAGCAACAUCAGCAGCAGCAGCAUGUACAGCAGCAUCCACAUGUACAGCAGCAGCAACAGCAGACAUUAUCGCAGUCCCAGUUAAUGCAACAACAAUUGAGUGUUCAGCAGCAAGCGCAGUCAAUAGCGCAGCGUCAGAUGAUGCAACAUCAACAACAGCAAGCCCAACAACAAGUUCAGCAGGCUGCCCACCAGGCACAGCAGCAGGUUGCUCAACAGCAGGCCCAGCAGCAAGCCCAGCAGCAGGCUCAACAGCAAGCUCAGCAGCAAGCCCAAGUUCAACAGCAAGUUCAGCAACAAGCCCAGGUUCAGCAAGUUCAACAGCAAACCCAGGUUCAGCAAGUUCAACAGCAAGCCCAAGUUCAGCAGCAAGUUCAACAGCAAACCCAGGUUCAGCAGCAAGUUCAACAGCAGGUGCAACAGCAGGUGCAGCAGGUUCAACAACAGACUCAGCAGCAAGUACAACAACAGGCUCAGCCAUCAACGCAGCAAAUGAUGCAAUCUCAGCAACAGACACCAAAGCAGCAACAAUUGCAGCAGCAGCAGCAGCCUGGGCAACAGCAAGUGCAGCCAAGUCAGCCACAGCAGCAGGUGCAAAUGGCCCAGCCUGCAGUGAAUAAUGUACAGCUUGUAAAUGGUCUUCAGAUGCCAGUUGCAGUGCAGCAUCCCAACACUGCAAAGACGCCACCUUCAUCUGGCGUAACUCCCGGUGCAGCAACUGCUUCCCCGCCUCUGAUUGUGUUUACAGGCAUUGUUACCAGUGAAGGAGUGCCUGUCAACAAUGUGCCUACCUCUUCAACAAAUGCAGCUAAUGGAACCACAAGUGGAACUAGUAGUUCGGAUGUGAAACCAGUCCCUGUAAAACGUACUUGGCGACGGCCGUGGAAGAAGAAGAAGGAGCGAGAGAAGAAGCAGCCUGUGAAGAAGGCCCGUAGAGUAAAAAGGAAGCGAGUAGUUGUCCCAAAAAAGAACAUCAUCCACAUAGAUCCAAGGAAUGGACCUGUGAUUGACACAACAGUUACCCAGAUCAAGAGGGAAUCGGAGGAAGCCAUAAACCAGUUGAAACAAAAGCGACAACGUAUAAAGCUGAACAGAAAUUCAGGAAGGGAAUAUGUGAAUCGCUUAGGAAAGGUGGUUGGGGCACGGAUGAUUGGUUCACCUUGCAACUGCCCUCUCAAGUGCUGGGAGCGAAUGGGUUCAAAGAUUUUAGAAAUUUUCAAUAAUUUCUGGGAUUUGAGUGACUUUAAUCUCCAAAAUUCAUACCUCUUUACGUGUCUCAAGCUGUGUGAUGUCAAGCGUCGUUACACCAAGAAGGUAAAUCCUGCAGAGGAAUCCCGAAGACAAAACACUUUUGAGUACUUCGUUCGUAUUAGUGGCAAACACUUGCGAGUUUGUAAAAGAGCUUUCAUGAGCUCACAUGGGCUGACCAGUGAUAAGAGAUUACGAACUCUAUUUCAUCAAAUGAAGGAUGGAGCUUUAGUGCCAGAGCCAGAUAGAAGAGGCAAACAUCUACGACCUGCAAAAUCUCCAAAUCAAAUGAGUCCAACUCAAACCAUAGAACAAUGCCAGGGGAGUAACAAAGCGAAGAAACCCCGCACUGUUAAGAAGAAGCAGAAUAAUAAACAAGAAAACAAGCCAAUGUAUACCCCCCCUCCCCCUCCAAUGGGUCACAUCCAUCCCCAUUGUACUCCUCCUCCACCUCCGGCACACACCGCCGCAAUGCAGGAGCCUCCACAUGCCUACAUCCCUAACGGUGAUAUCUACUUCCCAGGCCACUAUCUAGAGCCGCACCAGUCAAUGGCUCCCCCGCCCAUGAACCAGAUUCCUUCUUGCCAAAAGAUGUUGGAAGCUCCAGCUUACUUCAUGGCUGGUAUGAAAGAGAACACCUUCCAUCAGUGACUAGAGUAAGCCUUCCACUGCUAAGUUCACCAUAUAGUUUAUACUUUUUUUGUUUUGUUUUUUUUUUAAGUUGUAAGAGAUUUUGUUUUUAUGGAUUGAUAUUUAAAUUCCGUUUUUCAGCGCCCAAGUAGGACUGAUUUUAUAUAAGAUUUUGUUUGUAUAAAACUUAUCUUAUUUGUAUUUAAAGAAAAAUAGAUGAUUUUGGUGUGGAAGGUGUUGCGUCAUGAGUAUUUCUGUGGCAGCUAGAUUUUUUUUUUUUUUUUUUUUUUUUUUUUUUUUUCAUUUUGGUAGAAUGUUUUAUUAUCAGUGUUUAUAUUGUACUCCUAUAAAUUUUAUUUUUGUGAUUGUUAGCAUUAGUAUGAUGGGUAUUAUUAUAUUUUUGUUUUUUGAUUAUCAAUAAAUAUAUAAUGUUCUCGGUAUUACUAAUAAUGAUGAUAAUGAGAACUGGGUUGAAUAUUAUCAGGGCAUUUGUUAAUAUUAUUAUCUAUUAAAUGUAUAAAUUUCAACUUGUUAGUUAGAAAACAUUGAAACUUGGACAUAGAUUUCAGAAUCUAUUGCUUAAACUUGUGUAAUAUGGAUAAAUUACGGUUCCAUUUGCUUGUAAAGAACAGGUACUGAACAUUCCAGUAUUCUUAGUAAUUUCUAAAAGAUAAAAUAUUCUAAUUUGUCUUUCUUAUAGUUCUGAUUUUGGUUGCUAUUUAUAAGCUAGAAGCUAGUCUAACCAGAUAACUGCAUUUGUCAUAGAUAUUGAGGGCUCAGGGAGGGUUAUGUUGCAGUGUUUCAUGCCGAGAGAGCGAUGUCCAUUUUGAGAAGACGGCAGCUGUCAUACCUGAUUUUGACAGAUUUUUUACUUUUGUGAUGAUGUUUCACUCAAAUCUUCGAUUUGGGCUUUAUACAAGAACUAAAGAAGUAGCAAAUAUCAAAUCUAUCAGCAUUAGAGAGCAUGAGUGCUCUCUAGAAGGGAAAUUUUGCUGACAAAACCUUAUGAUAUUCAUAUGUAUGUAUAUAUCACAUUAUUGCUUCAUAGCUUAAUACUAAUUGAUGCCAAAAUAGUAUUUGAAUGCUCUGAUCUCUUUAAAAAUCAUUAUCAUCCUAAAACCUUUACUUAAGCAGCAAUGGGUGUUUACUUGUUGAUGCUGGGAGUGUGUAUGAAUGCAUGUAUUGUCCACUGUGAUUUUGUUUUAUAGAGUUUGUUUACAAAUAGAUGGAUUCACAAGCAUUUAGUCACCAAGCAGUCAGUUACUAGACCUACUUGACUUCACUUAUGUACACCAUUCUUAAAUUUUCAGUUUUUUAUUUAUUUAUUUAUUUAUUUUUAUUUUUACUAUUAUCAUUAACCUCCACGUCCUCCUUCUCCUUCUCCUUCUCCUUCUCCUUCUCUUUCUCCU